GUCAUUCAGCCUGUGAAGUCCCAGCGGCUGGAGGAUCUCAUGGGUGAGCCAGAGGAAGCGUUCCGCAAGCUGGCGGCCGAAACGCUAGCGGCCGAGGGCUCCGGGAAGACUGCGGAGCUCGUGUCGGCGGGGCGAACGGCGCGGGGUAGCUAUGAGCUGGAAUAUUUGGUCACUUUCCCUGACAAGGGGUCCGCCGUAACCAUCCACUGCUGGUCAGUGGUGGCCCUGGCUCCUAAGAGGCCCACCAGCGCGCUCUACACCAU